CACAAUAAUUAGUACGGCCGCCACGAAUGAUACAUUCAGUGCUGAAGACAAUCAACAAAGCUGUUUUGGAUUUUCCUCGUGCCGGAAUGUUUGAUGCUAUUCUGUUUCCAAACACUUUCGCGGAGAGACUUGUUUAGUGUCCAAUUAAACUGAUCAUUGGUAAUUAGUGUGGUAAUUUUAUAAGUGACAGUGUUAAGGAUUAUUUGUGACUUUUUAAAUAUGUACAGCGGGUGCCAAAACAGUGAUACAUGGAAACUAUGCCCGAACGUAAUUUAGUCUCGUACUUAUUACACUAUUUCAUAUGGAUACUGUUUUUGUGCGGAACGCAGGUGGGAGCACAUCUCAAGGAUGUCCUGAAUCCUGUGAACGUGGACUUCGACGUAUGGCACCAGCGCGACACUCGGGUGGCCAUCCGGGCCAACGACCGCCUGGCUUGCGAAAGACCUAACAUCUACAUCUGCGAGGAACCCCCAGGUACAAUACCUCCCGAUGCCAGAAAGACGUGUAAUUACCGCAAUGUGCGCUACCACGAGCAAGUUUACCGCUGGGUGGCCGGUCGCGGAUGCCUCUUCUUUACCCCUGACUUCCUCUACGUGGCCGGUGUCAACACCAUCAACCUGAACGCAGGCUGCUUCUACGGACACUGGUUUGCGCCCUGCUUGGAGAUCGCUAAGGAAGAUGGUUCAUGUGGCUGCUAUCCCUUCGACCCUGGUCUGGAGGAGGUGGCCGCGGCAGUACGUGAUGCGCUAAUACCCGCAGCACAGGGCCGUUGGGAACGAUGCUUCUACGCGGCAAGCGAUUGCUGCAGUCACUAUAUGCCCGAAGUCUACAACAGUUCAAGUAAAUCACGAAACACGAACCCACGACGUGUUUAUUACCACUUAAAUCAUGAUGAAUGCGAAGCGACGUUCGACGCGUGGACUUGCUGGCAAGAGGCGGCCGUAGGUACCACAGCCACUGAAGUUUGCUCAGAAUUCGCGUAUUCCACUCACACCGGACCAUCAUGCCACCACUACAGUAGCAAACAAUGCCAUGAAAAUGGAACAUGGGAGAUCAAGACGGACUACACGACGUGCAGCAUCACUCCACGCCUCGUUCGUCGUUACCAGCUGCAUAUCGCUGUCCUCUCCAUCUCAACCAUCGUCUGUCUCCCUGCCGUCUUCAUCUUCUGCUUCUACAAACGCCUCAGGAUAACCAGAGUCGCCUUACACAGAAACCUCUUAAUAGCUAUCAUAAUAAGAAAUAUUCUCGUGAUUGUCAGCCGAAGUGAAAUCUACAUAGAUGAGCUGACAACAUCAGGUGAAACGACAAUGUCAGCUCACGGCAUAGCUUGCCGAGUCCUCGCGUUCGCCGAGCGCGUCGCCGGCAACGCGGUGUUCGUGUGCAUGCUGGUCGAAGGUGCUUACCUGCACCGCGCUAUCGUAGCCGUCUUCAAACAGAAGCUGAAGACCAAGUGGCUGUAUCAGAUUGGAGCUAUAAUAGCGCUGAUCCCAGUAGCAGCAUGGGCGACAGUUAUGGCUCUCCACAACGACCACUCGUGCUGGCUAGUGUACACAGUACCACAUGUCCAGUGGAUAAUAGAUGGGCCUCGCAUUGCCAUCCUACUGGUUAAUACUGGACUCUUCAUCGACGUCAUGAGAGUUCUUCUCACUAAGAUCAGGAAUUCGGAGAACACCAAUCAGCUUAACACCGCUAAAGCCACGUUAUUCUUGAUGCCUCUUUUUGGAACACAAUUUUUGCUGACUGCCUUGAGACCUAGCACUACAAACUGCACACAAGAGCAGAUCUAUUACUACGCAUCUUAUACAGUUGAAGGCCUGCAAGGAUUCAUCGUAGCUACUCUUUACUGCUAUGUAAACAAAGAGGUGCACACAUUAAUAAGAGCAACGUAUAGAAAAACUGAAAGCGCCGUUGUUUCAAGAAUACGAGGAGAAUCAACAUAUCCUCGAAUGAGUAUGGGUCCAAACUCAGAAAGAAGAAUAACUUACAGCACUGGUCUACAUCCAAGUCCAUCAGAGGAAUCUAAAGACCAAUAUGCUACUAUAAGACCAAAAUUACACGUCGCAGAAAUAAUAUCGAUACAAGCAAGCGAGCGUUUAGCCGAGAUCCUGGAACCGGUUUAUGAAACUAUACAGAAUGGUGUCACUAACGAAGGAUACGACUCCCUCGAUAGAUCCGACAUAGAUAAUGAUUCAGGUUUCAUUCCUAACAGGGAAUUCAAAGUGGAAGACUAUUAUGGUUUCACAAACGCGUCAAGUAUCUCAAUCGAUUGCCAAGACUGGAUACGGUGCGUCUCGUCCCCUUCGAGCAGCGUUUACAAUAAUUCCUUAAACGACUACGAGUCUAAAUAUUUAGAGAAGAAAUUCCCUAAUCAUUCAAAGCUUCGCGACAUUUGCGAAGCUCAAGAGAGGUCGAGAUCUGACAAAUCUGGGUGUGGGAAUUGUUUUGCACACAUAAAUGCGCAAGUUGCUAAUGAUACUAUUAAGAAAGACAUCGACCCUGAGAAGGAGCCCGUCACUGUGAAUCCGAACGACGAGUCUGAGUACGACGACUGUGAAAACAUGCUCGAUGAGAUCAUGCAAUACAUAGAAACCACGGACAACAACAAAGUUAUUCUGGACCCUAGCUGUCUCACUCCCAACAGACGGGAAGGAGAGAAAAUUAUAUUCUUAGAUGAAUAGCAAUAUUUACCCUAAGCUAAAUCUACCGUUUUCAUGAUUUGCACCUUUGUGUGAGCUUGAUUUAUUAGUCAGCUUAGGGCUGCAAGGCAAUCCCGAAGUACAUAUGUACAUGAACACAGUAUGUACGUAAGAAAUAUCGACCGAGUUAUAGUUACCAAAUAUAUUUCAUGUUUUCAGGAGUUACCGUAUCUUGUAUCUAUUUACCUAAAUUCUGUCGAUUUAUUCAAAGUAGAUAUUUCAAUUAUUCAUUACUCCUUUAAGUAGGCAACAGAAUAAAUUUAUUAAUCGUAACUAAUUGUAAUGUAAGGGAAAUAUAAAUAUAAGAACUCGUAAGGAACUGUCCAACGAGACCUUGUCGUAUAGCAGAUAUACCUAGCAAAUAGUACCCAUAUAAACUUUUGUAAUAAUUCAAUUAAAUGUUAUAAUGAAA